ACAAUAAACAGGCAGGUGGGUUGAGAAGGAAACAGAAUUGAUAUCUUACUGUAAAUAUCAUCACAGUUGACAAAGGAAAUUACAGUUGAACUGUUUGAUAGCAAAUAAUGAAGGGAGACAAAGUAAGUUUAACAUUAACUUAAGGGGAGGGAAUUUAUGUUAAACUGUUUACCAAAGUUCACAUAAAGGUGUGUUUAAAAAUUACUCAUGCAUACAGGUAUUUCAAUUAUGAUAGUGGACUGUGUCACCAUCACUGUUUCAAUAUUGUAGCUGACAUUAUAGCUCAAAUAUCAUAGUUUGUGGUAUGACAGUCUAUUGGGAAAAUUCUAAAAAUAGGUCAACAGGUAUGACAAUUUGGCUCAGGUGUGGGAAAUUGGAUUUUUAUCAACAGAUCAAAGUUGGCUGUUAGUAUUGGUGUAAAUCCAUGACACAGAUUAUAUGUUAAAGUAUAAGUUAAAGUAAAGGAAUUUUAAUGAACCAACUUGUGUGAACUGGAAAUUUAACAAGCCAGUGGUUUCUGUUUCGGAUUAACCCGUGUGAGUUUAAUGUUGUGAAUUUUGACUGUUGAACUGAAUCAUGAAUGAGAUGUUUGGAUUAAGUCAUGGCCGAUGCUUUCACCUUUGACAGUGCUGAAGAAGACUGGGACCUGAACACGCUGUAUUACCUGAAUUCCCAACUUGAAUCCUACUUAAAAAUGUUGCCAGGUGGGGGUGUUGACAUGACGUUGAGCGAGCUCCAGGAGAUGGCAGCUCGGCAACAGCAGCAGAUAGAAUCACAGCAGCAGGUUCUCGUUGCUAAGGAACAGCGACUCAAGUACCUCAAACACAGGUCACAGAAGCAGCAGCAACUUGCGUCAGAGAACGAGCGUCUACGUAAACUACGAGACAAAGUGGAGGCUCAGGAAUCGAAACUGAAGAAGCUGCGGGCCCUUAGGGGCCAGGUGGAGCAACAGAGGGCAAGCAAUGGCAACCUCAACUAUGAGUUGGAGUCCAUUAAAGCACUCUUUAACGAGAAGGAGAAGGAGCUUGCCCUGGCGGUCACCAAGGUGGAAGAGAUGACUAGACAACUCGAGGAGAUCCGCAGUGGACGCGUCAAGUCAAGCACUAAUACUCAGAGUCCUGCAGCGUUGGCUGAACUCGAGAAGUUGAAGAAGAGCUUGUGGUAUUUUAAGAACAAGCAGAAUGAGCAGCAGAAUGCCAAGAUGGCGUCCAACCGGGAGCUGCUGGCCAAACGUAAGGAUGAGCUGGCGAGAAUGGACAACAGGAUCCAGGAACUGCAGAUGAGGCUCAAGAAGAAAAGGGCCAUGAACACAGACAUGGCAGAGAAGAGCAAGAAUCAGCUGAACCGACCCAAUCUGAACAAUCAGCUGAACAAUCGUAGGCCCAAUGUUGCGGCCGUGGAGCCCUAUAUUCAGGAACCUCCAGCAAAUAUCAACGCUGUCAACCCUGGUUUUGGGAAACAGGAUCCCAAGUAUCAGUCUCUGCCGCCAAGCUCAAAGUUCUUGUACCCUGAGAAAGUGGGUCGCCAGAGGGAAAAUGAUAAUAUUGUUGGUGACUAUAAGUACGAAAUGGACAAGUCUGAGGAUUAUAAAAUCCCUCUGGUGGUUACAGUCGACAGUGCUAACAAACCCAUUCCAAAUGGCCUUCCAUCCCCUAAACAAAGUCCAGUUAGCGUUCCCUCUAGCAGUCAGCCAUUUCCCCUUUAUUCUGGGAACGCUAAUGGCACACAGCAACCAUCAAUUGUUCCAAAUAAUUUAACAUUUAAUAGUGUGAAGUUUGGUUCUGCUGGCCCACAGCGAUCAGGGGUGUCACACUUCACUCCGAAACCUUUCGGCAGCACCUAUAGUACAUCAGUGUUACCGAACCGGAAUAAUAAUGGUGGGGGCAUUCCGAUCGACCAUUCACAGCUGGAGCUUCAGCCUGAACUGCGGCAGUCUGGGAGUGGACAGAGCUCGCCUGGUUCUGUUGAGAGUGUCAAUGGAGGACUGGGACCUGUGACUUCGAAGUCUUUACCACCAUACCCACAACGAGAUAUGCAAGCGAUUGGUAAAGUGCAACAGAAAGACAAUACACUGGCAAAUAAAGUACAAGUUGCAGGAGAUAGUAGCAUGCUAAUUACUAAAAAUCUACCAAAAGACCAAAAUAGAACACUUCCUCCACCUAUUCCCAAUAGACAACAAAAUGUGCCAAAUAGUAACUCAGUACAGCCAGUAAAUAAUUCACGUCUACAGCCUCCAUCGCCAGACAGUGUUAGUGCUAAAAACUCACCAGAAAAUAAUAGUGAUAGUGAACAAGCGACAAUGUCUGUUUCAAAGGGAAUACAAAAGUUUACCGGACUUAUUGCUAAAAAUCAAACUGAUGGACCAAAACCACAUGGCGGGUUUUCAAACUUAAAUCAUGCCUCGGCAUUAGGGGCAGUGAAACCACAAACUUACAGGUAUGCAUCUAAGAAAGAUAUAGCAAACACUUAUUUAGGUACUUUUAAUAAUGCAGCUCUUGAGAAGUAUCAGCAACAAGUGAAAACCAUGCAUGAAAACCUCAACAUUGGGAGUAGCACUACCCCAUCAGAGUCAAAUCUUCCAUCAAACCAGGCUGAAAAGUUGAAAGAAGAGGAGAAGGAUUCACUUUCGCCACUUUCGAAUCACUCCUCUCCUUUGUCAUCAACCUCCACCCCAUCUCCUGCCAGCCCUCCCAGCUAUCCUUUCGACUUCUCCACAUCUCCCCCACAUGCUGACAUUGCGUCAGACAAAGUCAGUUUCAAGCCAAACACUCCUAAGAAUGUCCGUCGCAGGCAUUCUGAUUCGGAUAAUGAGGAGAUUGGCAAGGCUUUACACAAGUAUGGAAUAAAUACCAGCCCAGCAAAGCCAUUGCCUGUGCAGGAAAACCUUUCUAGGGAGCUAGAUAAUGCUAAAGGUGUUGUAGAAAUACAGCAGACAACAUUUGAUAACAAUAUCCCACAGACUGUUCUCCUUGACAACAAGGGGAACAUAGUUGAAGUGGUUAAUUCUGAGAAAGACAACACAAAAGCUUCUACUGAAGACAAAGCUGAUACAGUUGAAACUGUACCUGAGGUGAAAUCAAAUGAUCCCCCGAUUAAGAAGAAGACCAAUCUAAAAUCUUCUAGUUCCAAGAAUUCUGGAAAUCGAGUGACCUUUGACCCUCUGGCAUUGUUACUGGAUGCAUCGCUAGAAGGGGAGCUUGAUCUGGUCAGAAGAUGUGCUUAUCAGGUUGAGAAUGUUAGCACGCCAAAUGACGAGGGAAUCACUGCCCUACACAACGCCAUCUGUGCUGGCCAUUAUGAAAUAGUGACCUUCUUGGUGGAGUUUGGCUGUGAUGUCAACUCACCGGACAGUGAUGGAUGGACGCCGUUACACUGUGCGGCCUCAUGUAACAACCUCCCGAUGGUGAAGUUCCUUGUUGAACAUGGAGCGUGCAUCUUUGCCACCACAAUCAGCGACCAGGAAACAGCAGCAGAGAAAUGUGAGGAGGAGGAGGACGGCUUUGAUGGCUGCUCAGAAUACCUCUACAGUAUUCAGGAGAAGCUGGGCAUCAUCAACAAUGGUGCGGUGUUUGCAGUGUUUGACUACAGCAAGGAUAACACAGAUGAGCUGGAUCUUGCGAUCGGGGACAAGUUUACAGUUCUCAAGAAAGGGGACGAGCAUGAGAAGGACUGGUGGUGGGCCCGCAAAGACGCGCAGGAGCUGUAUGGAUACAUACCCAAGAACUUGCUGGGGCUCACACCAAGGGUAAUUCCCAAGGAGCAGCCAAAUGGUGAUGUCUGAAGUAUUUAGGCCACUUCAGUCCAAUGUCCAUUCACAGCGUUGACCAUAUGCAACAAAGCAAGCCAGUCUUUCCUAUCAACGAACAAUAUUUCAUAUGUACAUGAUAUUUCUGCAGUCUAUGCAUGCUUGAAAAAAUUAAAGCAGUUAUCACGUUGAUUUGUGUCUGUCCACCCAUGUGCAUUAUGAUGCAAUACUGAUAUGCAACACUUUCACUAGCAAAACUAUUCAGUGCUGUAUUUCAUGUCACUUUCUCUCUGCUGUUGAGCUAGGGGUUUAUGUACACACAGGAAUAAUGAAAUAAUGUGAAUAAUUACUGUAUGAAGACGACUUAAAUGUUACUUUGCUUUCGAUAAAAUUUCAAACUGAAAAUGUCUGAUUAAGUAAAAAUUAUCAUUAUGAUUUUUGUCUUUAAAUAAUCAUGCAAUAAAAACAUUUGAAAGCAUAAUUAAUUGAAGGGAUGAAUAUUUUAAUUUUUAUUUGCAUACGAAAGGAGGGGAAAACUUUUGUUUUGAAUCAGGCAUCAUAUGCAAUUCAAAUAUUUUCAGAUAGAUAUAGCUUUCAGUGAUAUAGUCAUUCAUAAAUGUUUGAAACAUAUAAUUUCUUUGUCUGUACAGUAUAAAACGCUAAUGGAAAAACAGAGGCUAUGCAUUUAUAAUUUAUUUAGAAAGGGAAGUUACUCUAACAGUACAACUGGAUUCAUGCAUUCAGUAUUAUGUGCUAAUUAUUUGUACCAUUUUGUACAUUGAUGAAAACAUAUUUUGAAAAAAUCAUAUUUAUUAGUAGAUAGAAGAUGUGUAUUGUUAUGAUAUCAUUCCUGCAUUUAUCCUUUUUGAUUUGGAAUUGAAUUUUAUUUUUAAGAUUUUUCAUUGUAAAAAUUUAUAUUUUUUAUUAAUGUUUUGUAAGCUAAAGUAUUGUAAUGCAUUAUUUUUUUUAUGAAUAUUUAUCAUUUAAAAAGUUGUGGUUUGUUUUCAUGAAUUUGUAUAAUUUUUCUAUUAAAAACCUGGCUUUAUUCUGAUGUAUUAUUUCAUUUUACUUUGAAUGUUUUUCAUUUGAAGAUAUUAUUACACAAAACAUUCAUGAAUUGAACUUAUGCAUACAAAAAUACGUUCUGUAAUUUCAAUUAUUUGAAAUAAUCUUGUUAACAAUGGCUAUUUUACCUUGUCAGAUUUGAUUUUUGAAAGCGAUUUUGUGAAACAAAAAUAAAUUAUCAGCAUUGUGUCUGGCAUGUGUUGUUCAAAUUUUUGCUUAAAAAACUAAAUAACACGCAUUUAUUAAAUAUUUUUAGAUAACGUUUAUUGAAUCUAACCUGUUUUAACUAUUCAAACCAUAUUUUUGUAUGGAAUACCUCAUUAAAGAAAACUGUCAAAGAAAGAUCAAUAAUGUGUACCCAGUUUUAAACAGAUAUUGGUUAAACAAUAGAAUAUAUUACAAUUGCAAUGUGUAACUUAUAUGCUUUCAUUUAUUCAUCACUAUCACAUUAUUAUUACAUAAUGUAGUUAGACAACAGAUCUUUAUUGUAUUAUGAUUUUAGUAUUUGUUUAAUGUGAAACACAAUGCAUGAGUCAAAUAUGAUAAAACAUUGAAACUUGAA